AUGUCGACAGCGGCGGGCGUGUUGCGGGACGACGCGACGAGCAGAUGGCGGCCAAAGUUCCACGCUAGGGUCGCGAGUUGCACGUCCUGCAGGCCGGUGCGCGCAUGUGCGAUGCGCUGGUCGGUGGGCAGAUCAGCCAGGCCGUCGGGUGAUGCCCCGAGGUUGAUGGCCGAGCGGUCGAGGAGCGAGGUCGCAUCGGCGAGUGCUUCGCGCUUCACUUUCGUGUAUCCCUUUUGCACGGCGGCUGUCAACUUGCGGUCGAGGGCAGCUUCGAGAGACUUGUUGGUGGCAUGCCGAUAG